UUACUAACCUUGUGCAUUAGUGACCCACGGUUUUGAUCGGAAGCCCUUGGGCUUCCACGUUUUGCUGCUUGAGUCGCUGGGCCUCCUGGCCGCUCAAGCACACUGGAGCCGACCAUGUGCUUCGAGCACCGAUGGCCUCCGUGGCCUGUCGGUUCUGUAGUCCCUUUGAUCUGGCGGCCUUCUUUCUCCUCCGGGGGAUUUGUGGCGGCGCACGCGAGCGCUGCCAGAUCUGACGUCCACUGCGGCUCUCUUGCUGGUUCCGAGGGACUGCCGCCGCUUGAUCGGAUUACCGGCUCGGCAUCCUGUCACCACCCCUAGCCAAAAUGACAUUGUUUUGGCUGGGGAUUCUUUUUUUUUUUUUUUUCCCUUCUUGCAUAAUGUACCGGUCAAAUUCCGGUGUACCGGUUAGUAGCUGAAAUUUUGGCCGGUACACCGAAAUUUGAUCGGUACACUUGAAAUUUGACCGAAACAAAAUCUUAACUUAUUU